GUGCAUGUGCGUGUGUGCGUGUGUGUGUUGUUUGUGUGUGCGUGUGCGUGCAUGUGCGUGUGUGUGUGUGUGUGUUUGUGUGUGCGCGUGUGUGUGUGUGCAUGUGUGUGUGUUUGACAAAAGGAAGAGAGUGAGAAACAAAGACAGUUAGCGUGCCAGGUCAUUUCCUUUUCAAACUUAUUAGACAAAGGAGAAUAAUAUAGGUCUGACUAAAGAUAAGAGAAGAAAACAAGGAGAAUGAUGAAGACAUUUGCAUGUGAUGAUUCAAUGAUCAUCACCAUUCCCAUUGGGAGUCUGAGGGAUGCUGGAGAGAGACAACUGAUGCCAGAGAAAUUCCAGUGUGUGUACAAAGAUUCCUACAAGAUCUUUGUUAUUAAGGGAAAACCCAAACCUCUUGGAGCAGCCCAGGCCAUCGCUGGUGUGUUCAUUGUUGCACUUGGUCUGAUUUUUUCUCAUCUAGAAAACACCCGGUUCUACACUUUACCUAGUAUUCUGUUUGUGGUCUGUGGUAUGCUGUCCUAUGCUGCUGGAAAAUCUCCAAACAUACAUGUGACAAAGCUGUCAUUCUCUCUGAACAUCGUCAGCUUCUUCUGGUCAGUUGCGGCAGUUUGUCUCUGCAUGAUCGAUUUUCAUUUUUCAACAAAAGAGAGCUUGUACAAUCCCAAGGUCCACAAAGGAAUCAAAGGACUGAUCAUGACUCUGCUGUUUUUUGAAAAGUUAAUAGCCAUUUUCUUGAUCUACUGGCUAAGUAAAGCUGUAUGCAGACAACAUUUCAACACUUUGCCCAUCAUCCUGCUGAAACAGGGAGACUGAAGGCUUGAUAGAGCUCAACAUACAACCAACCACUUAUUUACAGUACAUGGUACUUCUGUGUUGUAUCAAAAGUGCAUAACAGCCUAUCAGUGUCAUGCAGGUUACUCCUUGAUUUACAACAUGCAAAUGAUGUGAAAAAGAAUAUACGAAUAACUCACUUCUUGAAUAUAGAUGACCUUUAUUUUGUAUGUGUACAUCUAUUGUUUCAUAAUUUCAUAACAUAGGCCAUCACUGACAUUCUGUACUCCAGAAUUAAUUUAGAUUCCUAAAGCCUGGAGAAUGUUGUAUUAUCUCAACUCAUGAAAUAUUAGAUCAUCUAAAAACGUAUUGUAUGUUAAUGAUUGUGUGCUUUUAUUCUGUGCUCUGUGAAUCACUUUGUAACCUUUUUUCGGGCAAAUAAAGGGGAUUAUUAUUU